UACCUGCCCAAGUGUGUGGAUAUAUUAAAAAUAACAAGAAUCCCACUGCCGUCGCUCAAUUAAACUUAAGUUCAGCAGCAAAGUGCAAGUAAAAUGGCCGCUAAUCAAAUUUUUUCUUGCAGUCUCCUCAUAUAUACAAAGCAUCUUGGCCGGGCGGCCAUCUUGAAGAUUCACCAAAAACAAUUGCACCAGCACAAAAUAUAAAUGAAAACCUAGCACGCGACCGCUUUCUCUAUACAUCCUGAUCUACGAAGUUAUCGCUCAGCCGUCGGUGCGGCACUCAUUCACCACACCAUGACCAGGUGAAAUGUUGAUAAGAGAUCUCAAAUUUUCCACUGGACGCUCAAUUUGACUUCCAAACAGUAUAAAUACAGCGAGAGAGCCAACAGCAAGCGAUAUUCGCGAUUGGCCUUUGGAGCAGAGUGAAUGUAGCGGAGGCGUGAAAUGAAAUAAAGUUUUUUGACAAGCACUACGUAAGCGCUGAUUUUUUUUGCUAAAGUUUACUUGUGCAAGAAAUACGAAAUACUCUGUAACAUCCACUGAUCUUUACUAGUCACUUCAAAAAAGUCUUUGGUGAUACAUAAGAAAAAAAGAGACAAAAUGGUCGUACCGGCAACAGUGAAUUUUCUAAAAUCAAAAUGGCGCCUAUUCAUUUCUGCUCAUCCUCUGGCCAAAGGUGUUAUCGCUUAUUCGAUUGUAUGGCCCACGAGUAGUUUCAUGCAGCAAACUAUCGAGGGCAGAGAGCUCAAAGAUUAUGACUGGAUGCGCAUACUGCGUUUCGGUCUCUUUGGUGGCUGUUAUGUUGCCCCCACCCUGUAUGGUUGGUUGCGUGUCGCUUCGACAAUGUGGCCACAAACGAAUUUACGCAUAGGCGUACUUAAGGCCAUCGUCGAACAAAUGUCGUAUGCACCAUUUGCCAGCACCAGUUUCUACUUUGGCAUGACUAUGUUGGAGGGCAAGGGAAUCGAUGCAGCGAUUGCAGAGGUCAAAGAUAAAUUUCCCAAAACUGUAAAGAUUGCGAUUUUCAUCAUUCCUGUGUUGCAAACGAUUAACUUCGGCAUGAUUCCCGAACCCAAUAGAAUAUUAUUUGUUAGUUUUUGUAGUCUUUUCUGGAUUACCUUUUUGGCGCACAUGCAGAAAAAUGGCUCACAACAACAAGAAAAGGAACAACCUAAACACAAACAACAACUGAAACAAUUCCAACAUCACUUGCCAGUACUCACGCAGGAGAGUUUGGUGCCAAAAGUACGAAAUGCAUUGGCGCUAUAAUGACUGAAAUAUAGUACAUACAUACACACAUACAUAUGUGCAUAGUACAGAGAACUUCAUGCCCAUAUGCUACGGCACAUAUACUUACAUAGUGAUAAGGCCAAAUACGUGAUACGCUUAUUAAACUGUUUUAUACCUACUUGUAACGUUUGUACUUACAUACAUACAUACUACCUACAUACACGCAUAUAUUCUGGGAAUUUAAAAAACUAUUUUUAUACAUACAUA